AUUGACUAGAUCAAAUAUGAAAAUUUCAUGGUUUUUGCGACCGCUUAAAAUUCCCAUUAUCUCCAAAAAUGUUAUUCCACAAAGGAAAGCCCCUGAAACUCCCAUGAACUCUCUCAAACUCUCAACUUCCAAACUAAAUUCCUUCUUUAAAUAUUCCUCAACUCUGUUGUAAUCAAAGUUCCAAACUGUUCCUCUCUCUCUCUCUCUCUCUCUCUCUCUCUCUCUCUCUCAAGCUCAACUACAACAAUUCUUUUCUUCAUACACCACAUACCAUGCUAAAGCAAAACCACCACCAUAACCACCAGCCUUUGAUCACCAUGGAAAUCACAGUCAUAUCCGCAAAGGGCCUCAAGGCCUCUUCUUCCAUUCCCUUCUCACAACGUCUCAGACCCUUCAUCACCCUCACCACUGUCUCACCCACUUCUCCAUACACACCAUCCAACGAUGGCAAGCACUGCCACGUGUACAAGACAAGGGUGGAUGAUCAAGGAGGUGUCAAUCCUACUUGGGGUGACAAGUUCCAUGUCCCUAUUGACUCUACUUUCUUCACUAACAGAUACUCCUCCAUAUAUCUUCAGCUCUACACUAAACGACUCGUUUUGGGUCAGACUCAAUUGGGUUGGUGUCAAAUCCCGGCACACGAUAUCGGGUUCCCGCCGGCGGGUUCAGUCCGGCACCUGAGUUACCGGCUCCGGGCAAGGGACGGUUCAAGGACAAAUGGGAUUCUUAACCUUGCAAUAAGGUUUGAAGGUCUUGAGAAUCAAGGAUUAACUAAUUCCAUUUCACCGACACUGGACACAUGUCAGACAGUGAUUGGCAUACCGGUUACAGCAUUUUCCACUUAUAGUUGAUUCACUACUAUUUGUCAUUAGCUUAUUGAAUGUAAGUGGUACAUAAAGCUUAUUAGUGGGCCAUAGGGGGCCAAUCUAAGGGCAAGUGUCAUUGAUUGUUGAACUACAGUGCUUAUAUGAGAUCUAGGAUUAUAAAACCUUCUGACUUUUGUUUUUCGUUUUAGUGGCAAAUUUGAUUUAGACUUUUUCAA